AUGCGCCACGGCUUCCCAGUUGCACAUGAAAUAUUUGGAAUUUCACAGGCGAGCAACGCCGCCAGCUAUCUAUUUGUCCUUGCUUUCGAAGAGUCCUUCAAGCUUCAGAAUCAAACUUUAAGCCAACGGUUAUUGGCGACUGCCGAAGAGUAUCUUCACAUGGUCUGUCUGAAGGCGGGUGGAAAUAUCCGCUUGCUUAUCCAUGUGAUUUAUGCAGAGAGCACACAUUCCCGUGCCAUCAACCGCGAUAAAUUGAUCGAAUUGGUGAUUACCGCUGCUCAGUACAUGCAAAGUCAAGAUGACUAUGUGGACACGUCAACUGCAAUGAUCUACGAGAAAGUUGCCAAUGGCGAGGAUCUGGAUGAAGGGAAGUUCUCUCUUCCAGUCAUUCAUAUGUUCUCGCAGUCUCCCAAACGUCAGUUGCUGGAAGCCAUCUUCACUGAAAGGUUGCGACAAGGGACGAUGCCAAUGGAACACAAACGACUGAGAUGA